AUGGCAGACUCAGACUCUGAAGCAUCUAAGGAGUCAAACAUUACCGAGGCAGAACUACAGAAGGAGAUCGUAAAGAUCCUUGAAAAUGCAGAUCUCCAAACAACUUCCACUAAUAAAGUCAUACAGAAGUUGGAGAAAAAGUUCGGAGUAAGUUUGACGGAGAAGAAGAAGAUGAUUGACAGACUAGUGUUGGACUAUGUAAACAGUCUGGAUUCUUCUGAUUCUGAAGAAGAAGAAGAAAAGGAGUCAGAAAAAGAAGAGGAAGAAGAAGAAGAGGAGGAGGAAAAGAAACCCCGAAUAAAGAAGGAAAAGGUUGAGGAUACCGGCACAACUACACGGAGAGGAAGAAGAAGUGAUGAUAAGAAAAAGAAAACUCCUGCUAAAGGCAAGAAGGGGGGCGUCAAAAAAGGUGGUGGCAAAGGCAGUGGAUACACAAGACCCAUCAAGCUAUCACAAGCCCUGUCUGAACUUGUUGGAGCAACAGAACUUCCCAGGCACGAGGUCGUCAAGCGCGUAUGGGCCAUCAUCAAGGAACGACAGCUCACAGACCCUAACAACAGGCAGUUUGCCAUAUGUGACAAACCUUUGUACAAAGUCAUCGGUACCCAGAGGUUCUAUACAUUCGGUAUGAUGAAGUAUUUGAAAAAUCAUUUCAUUGAUGAUUAA